CAUCACCCCAUAAAUAAACCUGGCUUCCUGUAAGCGAUAGCUUUGAAUGCAAGCGUUAUAAGGUCAACAACGUGGCUAAAAUUUAAAACAGAGUAUCRCAGCAGCGAGAGAGGAUAGUUCUACACAACUGCUGAUCAUUAUUACUCUAGCAAUGAGUAAAACACUGAUCUUCUUCCUGGCUUUGUCGCUGAUUGUGGUAGUUGCACAAUGCAAGCAUGGUGGCAGUUACAAUAAUGACUGGGAUGAUGAUGGUUCAGCUUCGUUUGACGAUGAUGAUGACGACUGGGAUGACAGUGGCAGCGGAUGGUCCUUUAAUAGGAAAAAGGAUUUCAUUUUUCCUCGAAGGCACCACGUCAAGCAUCAAUUCAGACACUGGAAUAAUAAUAGACAAGUUAUCCAUCUGAAAAAUUGCUAUAUCUCUAACUGCAUGAAGUGCAGAAAUUACAAUUGCUGGCAUUGCAUGCCUGGGUUCAGGCUCAAGAGACAGCCGUUUGCACUUGGCAAGAGAUGUGUACCAGACUGCCCUUUUGGCAAACGAGAUGCCAAUGGAACGUGCCAGAAUAAUGUUUGUCAAAAUGUGCCUAACUGCGAGAAGUGCCAAAAGUUUCCAUGGAACCGCUCAUGUCUGAAGUGUAAGAAUGGCUGGCACCGAUUUAAGCCUCGAAACCAGAUGAUCGCGCAAUGCGUCAGUGUUUGCCCUCGUGGUUACCGGGCAACAAAUGAUACACUUAAUCCAACAUGCCAGGAAAUACCUUCUUUGUCCUCGUGGAUACCAGACAAACACUGGCGCUCUUAAUUUGGGAUCAACAUGCGAGAGAAUCCCCUCUUUUUGCCAUGAACUUAGUCACUGUGAUGAGUGCCCGGGGUUCCCAUGGCCUCGCUCCUGUAGAAGAUGCGAGACAAGCUGGUACCGAUACAAGCCACCCUACCAUAAAACAAUAAGAUGUAUUAGAACCUGUCCUCGUGGUUACCAGGCAACUAACGGCACACGCAAAUUUGGACCCACCUGCAAGAGAAUACCUUCAUUUUGCUCACGACUUCGUCACUGUAAAGAAUGUCCUGAUACAUUUCCAUUACCUCGGUCCUGUAAAAAAUGCAAGGAUGGAUGGUAUCGAUACAUAGCUCCUUAUCAACUGACUGCAAAAUGUAUCAAAAAAUGCCCUCGUGGUUACCAGGUGACCAAUGGAACAAGUGACACUGGACCAACRUGCGAAGAAAUCCAACAAUUUUGUCACGAUAUCCCUCACUGUAAAGAUUGCCAAGGACCUUUCUGGCCUUCCUCUUGUGACCGAUGUGAGGAGGGCUGGUACCGAUAUGAGAAUCCUCCGAGUCAAAUAUCGGCCACUUGCGUCCAAGAUUGUCCAUUAGGUUUCCAAGCAACUAACAGCACGGGUUUAUUGGGGCCGACUUGCGAGAAAAGUCAAUCAAAAUGUCCUUUCAUGCCUGGUUGCGAAAGCUGUCCGAAAACCAAUGUCUGUCUCAAGUGUGAAGCAAACAUGAUUGUGUUUGAAGGCAUAGUUGAAUCGAAGUGCGUGUACAAGUGCCCCAAAGGUUUUGAUCAAAGUUUCAAAAAUGGAGUAAGUGUAUGUGUGGCCGAAGAAGGCUGUUUUGACAAGCUGUGUUUCACGUGUAAGAAAGGCUGGUAUAAACUACCGCACCAAAGAAGAGUAUGUCACAGAGACUGCCCACCUGGAUACUUCAAAUAUCUUGGAAGCUGUAUAAAAUGCAUAUCAGGCUGCACGAAGUGUAAGAAUGUCUUCAAGUGCGAGAAGUGUGACAGUGGUAUGGCUAAACUCACUAGUAGUUUAGGUUUUGGCGAGCGAUGUGUGCUUGGCUGUCCCCGUGGAUAUACAAGGGAACUGGUUAACAACACUUCUUAUGAAUGUCGAAAAGUGUGCAGAGACAAAAACUGCGAGAACUGUGAAAGCGUCAGUUACCAUGGUGCUUACCACUGCGACUAUUGCAAGCCUGGCUUCCACAAGAUUCAUCGAAAUCUUCGUGAUAAAUGCGUGGGCAAGUGUCCCUCGGGAUACUCUCCCGAGAAGGAUGUCAUCGAGGGCAGCGUCUGUAGGAAAGAACCUGACGUCGAAUCUACGUUGAAUCCCAGCACAGAUGAUGUGCCAACUACGUAUCUCAUUAGAUCCCAGCCUCCUCCUUGAAGAGAUAAAGUUCUUGGUUGUGAAAACUUUGUAGAUAGUCAGCAGAACAAAGAGUUAUAUUACUUACAACUUACGUUACAAAAAGGCAGUCCACUCUUAUAACAUAGUCUUGGUAAUCUUCAACAUUUUCUAAAACAAAAUUAACAAAAUGUUUAUGAAAUAAUGGCAUUGGAUUCCAACACGGCCAUUAUAAAAAACAGUAUUUAGUUAARACUUUAUUGAAAUAUUUUAAUAUCAAUGUAUUUUCUAAUAGUGAUUUUAACGUGAUUAAAUUUUUAAAAAAAUUCAACCACAUAUAUCAGUAGUUGCAACAACCAGGUAGAGUGAAGUCAUUAAACCCCUUGUGGAAUAGAUAUUGGACUAAUCCACAUUAGUAGAUCCAUUGUUUUCUUUUGUGUCUAUUUGACUAUUACGCGUUGAGUAGCAUCAUCAUGAAAGCUGGUAAGCAAAAAUCGAUGCUUCUUUUACUUAACCGCGAUCUUUUGGUUAUCCAUAUUAAGAGUUUUUUUUGUAUAGAGUAUUUUUACCGCAAUGAAAGUAAUAAAAUAGAUAAGCUUACUUUGUUAGCAGCAAAACAGAAAAUAAGCUGGACAUAAGAUAUACGUCGUUCUAGAGCUUGAUCUGAGAGCUUGAACUCAACUAUUGAAUCUUUUUUUUUUUUUUUCCAGGCCCUAGAAACAACGAAACCAAACUGGCGUUAACUAAGCUAAUAAUUCAUUCAUUAAAAUAUUUUCAUUCACAUUCAGAACUUCUAAAACGAAAAGCAUAAAAAUUUAGUAUCGAUUUUUGCUUACCAUAUAGCUUUCAUGACGAUGACGUUUUGUCCUGAAAAAGUCCGGAAAUCUCCAAAAAUUCAAGUUAAAUGAAAGACAUCCAUUGUAAUUUUCAUUAAAUCUGCUAUCGUGUUGAA